UUUCCAGUUUGGGUUGCACUGUGCAUGGGAAAGCCAAUGUCUUUUUUGUGCCUAUAGCUCUAUUCCUGGCAGGGACCUCUCUUGUCCCCAGCAUGUUCCUACCAUGCACUGUGGCUGUAGCAGGAGACCAAGCAGAGAGGAAAGGAGACUGAGGUUGGAAACAACACAGUGGUCACUUGCACUCUGCCAUGGCCAAGUCACAGAGGAACGGCUGGGCUACGGCCUCCCCACCCCCUGCUAGUGCAGUGGUUACCACCACAGCUCCACCAGGCUUCCUUGAUGGCUUUGUCAGCCACAUCCCAUUACCCAGAUGGGCAUUCAUUGUUGUGGCAGUGGCAGUGGCUGUUCUCCUCCUCUUCCUCAUCUGCAUCAUCAGGUGGUGCUGUGGCAAGAAGAAGCCCAAGAAAAAGGAGAAAAUUGGCUUGCUCACCUUCAGUGGCUCCACCACAGCUAGCCUUGUGCAACCUGAGAUGGAGGCCCUGGAGCUGAGCCCAGAGGAGACAGGAAGAGGAAGGCUUCAGUAUUCUCUGGAGUACAAUUUCCGUGCACAGGAGCUGAAAGUUGGUGUGAAGCAGGCAGCUGAUCUGAAGGCCAUGGACAGUGGUGGCACAUCUGAUCCCUACGCUGUUGUCUACCUGACAUCAGAUAUGAGAAAGAAGUAUGAGACCAAAGUUUACCGCAAGACUCUGAACCCUGUCUUCAACGAGAGCUUCUCUUUCCAGGUGCCCCAGGCAGAGGUGUCCGAGGCCACGCUGGUGAUGCAGAUCUUCGACUUCAACCGCUUUGCCAAGCAUGACAUCAUUGGUGAGGUCCGCCUGCCCCUGGCCAGUGUCAGCUUGCAGCACAUCAUUGAGCAGUGGAGCGACCUAGUGGUGGCCAGCAAAGUGGAGCAAGAGCGGCUGGGUGAGAUCUGCUUCUCACUGCGCUAUGUCCCCAGCACUGGCAAGCUGACAGUGCUCAUCAUUGAGGCCAAGAAGCUGAAGCGGAUGGACUCCCAUGGGCUCUCAGAUCCUUUUGUCAAGGUGCAUCUCAUCUUGAACAAGAAGAAGUGGAAGAAGAAGAAGACGAGUGUGAAGAAAAAUACUUUGAGCCCUUAUUUCAAUGAGGCAUUUGUCUUUGAGGUGCCUUUCAAUCAGAUUCAGAAUGUGGAUGUGGUCAUCUCCGUCUGGGACUAUGACAAAGUGACCAAGAAUGAGCCCAUUGGCAAACUCUUCCUGGGCUGUCGGGCCACUGGUAACCAGCUGCAGCACUGGUCUGACAUGCUGUCCAACCCACGGCGUCCCCUCGCCCAGUGGCACAGCCUGCAACCCCCCGAUGUGGUGGACAAGGCCCUGGGGUUGAAGUCCCACCUCAAGCUGCCUCUGACCACCAGAUAGCGAGAGGCAGCUCUGGCACCCUUGCUCACUCAUCACUGGGCAGGAUGAAGGUUUUCAGAGGUGUCUGGAUGCAGCUCUGCACCUGGGUGAUGCUGGAGGGGGUGAUGUGGAUGCAGAACUGGCUUGUGUCAGCCACUUGCAGCUGGGGGAUGAAUACAGAGAGCUUUAAGCUUAUGAAAAAAACAUUGUGUCAUUUGAUAUUUUUUGAAUAGAACAUUAUUAUUAUAGAAUCACAGGUUGGAAA